AUGACUGCACCUGCUCAAAUCCCCAACCCGGCCCAUAUCCUUGCAGAGACAAUGCUAUCACGACGUUUCGGCAAAGAGACAGCUAACUACUUCUCCAGCUCACCAAUCAACCGACUGUCCUUCCUACGGAAUGACCACCCAUUUAUUUCGUCAGCGUUGAAGCACCCGUCUACCAAAUUUCUUUUGUUGAACAAGCUGGCUCCGCUCACUCGGUCUCCAGCGGAGCCAUACUACGCCAAAUAUGACGAACUGCGUGGUCUCAUUUCGCAAGACCUCUUCGACAAGACCGAGGAGGAGAUGGUGAAGGACUUUGACUCGCGCAAAACGAACCCUACCCUGAUUUUCCUUGGUCUGGACGAAAGUCGGAAGGAGAGUAGUGAUCUGAUGACGUACAAGAACUACUCAGGGCACCCUUUCUUUGCUGUCGACGUGACCCCUCAGGGAUCGGAGGCGCAUCAGAGCGCAUGCAAGGACAUCAUCAAGGCCAUGGAGGAAAAGGGUCUGUCAUUCUUCCAGACAAGAGUUAUCAUGACGUUCCCACCCGAAGAAGCCGCUAUCUACGCGCAGGCGCGUGCGCUGAUGGAUUGGAAUACGCGAAACACUUUUUGCGGUACCUGUGGCCACCGGACGCUGUCGAUCAAUGCAGGCACGAAGCGAGCCUGUCCUCCUACUGAUGCUGCACGCGCCGCCGAGGGACUCCCACAAGAUCGACCCGAAUGCAACACCCGGACUACGCUCUCCAACUUGUCCUUCCCUCGCACAGACCCCACGAUCAUUGUUGCCGUUGUCUCUGCCGAUGGCAAGCGAAUCUUACUUGGUCGCAGUAAGCGUUUCCCGCCCAAAUGGUAUUCCACCUUGGCGGGAUUCAUUGAGCCUGGAGAGUCAAUUGAGGAUGCGGUCCGGCGAGAAGUCUGGGAAGAGUCUGGUGUCACACUAUCGCGAGUGGUCAUCCACUCGUCGCAGCCUUGGCCAUAUCCCGCGAACUUGAUGAUCGGAGCGAUCGCACAGUGCAGUGACGCCGCCCAUGAGAAAAUCAGCCUCGAGCACGACCCUGAAUUGGAGGACGCCCGGUGGUUCGAGAUUGAGGAGGUUGAGGAGGCCCUGCGCAUCGGCACUAGCGACCUCAGCGCCGGCGCCGGCCCCGACUACAAGGGUGGCUUACGACUCCCCCCUGCGACAGCCAUUGCGCAUCAACUCAUUCAAGCGGCGGUCGAUGCGGACUACUUUCAGGCUGAAAAGUCAAAGAUGUAA